AUGGUCAAAGUCUCCUCUCUCGUUGCUGCCAGCAUUGGCAUAGCAUAUACUGCUGCUGCUCCCGCAGACCUCGUUGAACGUGCUGGAUGCACCUUCACUGACGCCGCUUCCGCUAUCAGCGGCAAGACUGGAUGCACCACCAUUACCUUGAAUGGUAUUGCCGUUCCUGCAGGAACCACACUGGACCUCACCGGUCUCCAGGCCGGCACCAGCGUCAUCUUCCAGGGCACUACUACCUUUGGCCACAAGCAAUGGGAGGGUCCGCUAAUCUCAAUCUCGGGUACCAAUAUCAAGGUAUCCGGAGCAUCUGGCCAUGUCAUCGACGGCAAUGGUGCUGCGUGGUGGGACGGCGAGGGCAGCAACAGCAAAACCAACAUCAAGCCCAAGUUUUUCUACGCGCAUAAUCUUAAGGGGAAGUCUUCGAUCAAAGGGUUACACGUCAAGAACACGCCUGUCCAAGGCUUCUCGAUCGAUGGGUCCUCCGGUCUCACCUUGGAUUCCAUUACCAUCGACAAUUCCGCCGGUGCCUCGCUUGGUCACAACACCGACGGUUUCGACAUUGGCGACUCCUCAGACAUCACCAUUUCCAACUCCCAUGUGACCAAUCAAGACGACUGUCUUGCUGUCAACUCAGGCACCAAUAUCAAGUUCAUUGGCAACACUUGUAUUGGCGGCCAUGGAAUCUCCAUUGGAUCUGUCGGUGGUCGCUCGAACAACGUUGUGAACGGCGUGACUGUUCAGAAUUGUAAUAUCCAGGACUCUGAAAACGGCGUUCGUAUUAAGACUGUGUCCGGUGCUACCGGAAGCGUAACUCAGGUUACCUAUGACGGGAUCGUUCUCAGCAAUAUCGCCAAAUAUGGGCUAGUCAUUCAGCAGGACUACGAGAAUGGGAAGCCUACUGGCACACCUACGGCGGGCGUUCCGAUCACGCAUCUUACUCUGCACAACAUUACGGGCACUGUGGAAUCGACUGGGUUUAACAAAUACAUUCUCUGUGCUUCUGGUGCUUGCAGCUCUUGGACGACCAGCCUCAUUAAUAUCCAUGGUGGUAAGACAAGCACCGCAUGUACUGGAAUUCCCAGCGGCUCAGGCAUUACUUGCUAA